AUGGUGGUCCGCGAGGCGCCUCCGCUGGAGCAGGUGCGGCGGCUCGGCGCGCAGCUGCUGCAGUCGCGGGAGCACGUCAACAACGUCGUCGCGCUGCUACGAUUCGCGACGCAUCGCGACGGCGCGGUGGCGGCGGAGGCGGUGACGAUGCUGCAGGCGUUCUUCGCGCAGCUGCUGCGCUCCGACGAGCUGCUGCUCCACCCCGCGCCCUCUAGCCGCUCGGGCGGCGCGGGCGGGCGGGCGGGGGAGGAGCGGGCGAAGGAGGAGGUGUAUCAGCAGUGGGCGCGUGCUCGGUACGGCGAGUACACGGGCGCGCUCAAGGCGCGCCUCAGAUCCGCGGAGAGCAGCGCCGCCAGCAAGCGCAUAGCGGUGGAGCAUCUGAUGGAGCUGGCUCGUCUGGAAAAGAAGGGCGGCCUGGCUGGCGCCACCAUCAACAAAAUACUCAUCCCGCUGGUGGAGGGCGAGGCGGGCGACCCCUCAGUGCUCGCCAAGUUCGCCGCCUUCUUCACCCAUGCUGACGUCAGGCGGCAUGUGUACGGGGCAGUGGAGCAGCUGUGUGCGACCAUGGCUGCUGCCGCCGCCAAGCACUCAAACGCUGCUCAGGAUGCUGAUGCCCAUGCAGCCGUCGUCAAGCGAGACGCCAUGUGCCUCAACAUACUGGAGGUGCUGCUAGCCAUGCCCAUGCCGCCCGCCCCCAAGCCGGGCGGCAAGAGGCUGCUGGCGGAGGAGGGGCAGGGCGGGGGCGAGCAGGACGACGACCUGCUCUCCACCUGGGCGCUGCCUGCCCCCCCCUCUUGGGGAGCACAGCAGCGGGGGGGCAAGCAGAGUGUGGGUGGCAAGCGAGCGAGACAGGCAGGGCAGCAGGGCAGUAGGAAGCGGGCUGUGGGUAUGAAAGACGAGGGGGGGAGGGAGGAAGAGGGGGAGCAGGGGGAGGGGGAGGCGGAGGAGAGGAGGGCAGUGGUGGUGGGGGAGGAGCGCAAGGCCCUGGCAGGGGCGUGGCUGGGGCUGCUCGCCCUGCCUCUGCCCCUCGACGCCUACAAAAAGGUCAUUUCCACCCCCUCCUCGCUACACCCCGCACCCUUCCAUCCCAAUUCCUCCACCGCCCCUCCCACACACAUUCUACUUAAAAAAUCUCAAACCCGUGUUGGGUCGACUGCACAACCUCAUCCCACAUCUGCCCAAUCCCUUGCUGCUGAGGUGCACUCCUGCCCCUCUCCCCCCACCCCUCUCACCUCCUGUCACCUCGUCCAAGGCAUGUAUCUCAUCCACUUGGUUUCUUCUCAUCCCAAUGACGCCAUGUGCUGUAGUAACUCCUCACGCGCCCCACCGCCUCACGCGCCCCACCACCUCACGCGCCCCACCACCUCACGCGCCCCACCACCUCACGCGCCCCACCGCCUCACGCGCCCCACCGCCUCACGCGCCCCACCACCUCACGCGCCCCACCACCUCACGCGCCCCACCACCUCACGCGCCCCACCACCUCACGCGCCCCACCGCCUCACGCGCCCCACCACCUCACGCGCCCCACCACCUCACGCGCCCCACCGCCUCACGCGCCCCACCACCUCACGCGCCCCACCACCUCACGCGCCCCACCGCCUCACGCGCCCCACCACCUCACGCGCCCCACCACCUCACGCGCCCCACCACCUCACGCGCCCCACCGCCUCACGCGCCCCACCGCCUCACGCGCCCCACCACCUCACGCGCCCCACCACCUCACGCGCCCCACCACCUCACGCGCCCCACCACCUCACGCGCCCCACCGCCUCACGCGCCCCACCACCUCACGCGCCCCACCACCUCACGCGCCCCACCACCUCACGCGCCCCACCGCCUCACGCGCCCCACCGCCUCACGCGCCCCACCACCUCACGCGCCCCACCACCUCACGCGCCCCACCACCUCACGCGCCCCACCACCUCACGCGCCCCACCGCCUCACGCGCCCCACCACCUCACGCGCCCCACCACCUCACGCGCCCCACCGCCUCACGCGCCCCACCACCUCACGCGCCCCACCACCUCACGCGCCCCACCACCUCACGCGCCCCACCGCCUCACGCGCCCCACCGCCUCACGCGCCCCACCACCUCACGCGCCCCCACCACCUCACGCGCCCCACCACCUCACGCGCCCCACCACCUCACGCGCCCCACCGCCUCACGCGCCCCACCACCUCACGCGCCCCACCACCUCACGCGCCCCACCGCCUCACGCGCCCCACCACCUCACGCGCCCCACCACCCUCACGCGCCCCACCACCUCACGCGCCCCACCACCUCACGCGCCCCACCACCUCACGCGCCUCACCACCUCACGCGCCCCACCACCUCACGCGCCCCACCGCCUCACGCGCCCCCACCACCUCACGCGCCCCACCACCUCACGCGCCCCCACCGCCUCACGCGCCCCACCACCUCACGCGCCCCCCACCGCCUCACGCGCCCCACCACCUCACGCGCCCCCACCACCUCACGCGCCCCACCGCCUCACGCGCCCCACCACCUCACGCGCCCCACCACCUCACGCGCCCCACCGCCUCACGCGCCCACCCUCACGCCCCCACCACCUCACGCGCCCCACCACCUCACGCGCCCCACCACCUCACGCGCCCCACCACCUCACGCGCCCCACCACCUCACGCGCCCCACCACCUCACGCGCCUCACCACCUCACGCGCCCCACCACCUCACGCGCCCCACCGCCUCACGCGCCCCACCACCUCACGCGCCCCACCACCUCACGCGCCCCACCACCUCACGCGCCCCACCGCCUCACGCGCCCCACCACCUCACGCGCCCCACCACCUCACGCGCCCCACCGCCUCACGCGCCCCACCACCUCACGCGCCCCACCACCUCACGCGCCCCACCACCUCACGCGCCCCACCACCUCACGCGCCCCACCACCUCACGCGCCUCACCACCUCACGCGCCCCACCACCUCACGCGCCCCACCGCCUCACGCGCCCCACCACCUCACGCGCCCCACCACCUCACGCGCCCCACCGCCUCACGCGCCCCACCACCUCACGCGCCCCACCGCCUCACGCGCCCCACCACCUCACGCGCCCCACCACCUCACGCGCCCCACCGCCUCACGCGCCCCACCACCUCACGCGCCCCACCACCUCACGCGCCCCACCGCCUCACGCGCCCCACCACCUCACGCGCCCCACCACCCUCACGCGCCCCACCACCUCACGCGCCCCACCACCUCACGCGCCCCACCACCUCACGCGCCUCACCACCUCACGCGCCCCACCACCUCACGCGCCCCACCGCCUCACGCGCCCCACCACCUCACGCGCCCCACCACCUCACGCGCCCCACCGCCUCACGCGCCCCACCACCUCACGCGCCCCACCGCCUCACGCGCCCCACCACCUCACGCGCCCCACCACCUCACGCGCCCCACCGCCUCACGCGCCCCACCGACCUCACGCGCCCCACCGCCUCACGCGCCCCACCACCUCACGCGCCCCACCACCUCACGCGCCCCACCGCCUCACGCGCCCCACCGCCUCACGCGCCCCACCACCUCACGCGCCCCACCACCUCACGCGCCCCACCACCUCACGCGCCCCCACCACCUCACGCGCCCCACCGCCUCACGCGCCCCACCACCUCACGCGCCCCACCACCUCACGCGCCCCACCGCCUCACGCGCCCCACCACCUCACGCGCCCCACCACCUCACGCGCCCCACCACCUCACGCGCCCCACCGCCUCACGCGCCCCACCGCCUCACGCGCCCCACCACCUCACGCGCCCCACCACCUCACGCGCCCCACCACCUCACGCGCCCCACCACCUCACGCGCCCCACCGCCUCACGCGCCCCACCACCUCACGCGCCCCACCACCUCACGCGCCCCACCGCCUCACGCGCCCCACCACCUCACGCGCCCCACCACCUCACGCGCCCCACCACCUCACGCGCCCCACCACCUCACGCGCCCCACCACCUCACGCGCCUCACCACCUCACGCGCCCCACCACCUCACGCGCCCCACCGCCUCACGCGCCCCACCACCUCACGCGCCCCACCACCUCACGCGCCCCACCGCCUCACGCGCCCCACCACCUCACGCGCCCCACCGCCUCACGCGCCCCACCACCUCACGCGCCCCACCACCUCACGCGCCCCCACCGCCUCACGCGCCUCACCACCUCACGCGCCCCACCACCUCACGCGCCCCACCGCCUCACGCGCCCCACCACCUCACGCGCCCCACCACCUCACGCGCCCCACCGCCUCACGCGCCCCACCACCUCACGCGCCCCCACCGCCUCACGCGCCCCACCACCUCACGCGCCCCACCACCUCACGCGCCCCACCGCCUCACGCGCCCCACCACCUCACGCGCCCCACCACCUCACGCGCCCCACCGCCUCACGCGCCCCCACCACCUCACGCGCCCCACCACCUCACGCGCCCCACCACCUCACGCGCCCCACCACCUCACGCGCCCCACCACCUCACGCGCCUCACCACCUCACGCGCCCCACCACCUCACGCGCCCCACCGCCUCACGCGCCCCACCACCUCACGCGCCCCACCACCUCACGCGCCCCACCGCCUCACGCGCCCCACCACCUCACGCGCCCCACCGCCUCACGCGCCCCACCACCUCACGCGCCCCACCACCUCACGCGCCCCACCGCCUCACGCGCCCCACCGCCUCACGCGCCCACCACCUCACGCGCCCCACCACCUCACGCGCCCCACCACCUCACGCGCCCCACCACCUCACGCGCCCCCACCGCCUCACGCGCCCCACCACCUCACGCGCCCCACCACCUCACGCGCCCCACCGCCUCACGCGCCCCACCACCUCACGCGCCCCACCACCUCACGCGCCCCACCACCUCACGCGCCCCACCACCUCACGCGCCCCACCACCUCACGCGCCCCACCGCCUCACGCGCCCCACCACCUCACGCGCCCCACCACCUCACGCGCCCCACCACCUCACGCGCCCCACCGCCUCACGCGCCCCACCACCUCACGCGCCCCACCACCUCACGCGCCCCACCACCUCACGCGCCCCACCACCUCACGCGCCCCACCACCUCACGCGCCCCACCACCUCACGCGCCCCACCACCUCACGCGCCCCACCACCUCACGCGCCUCACCACCUCACGCGCCCCACCACCUCACGCGCCCCACCGCCUCACGCGCCCCACCACCUCACGCGCCCCACCACCUCACGCGCCCCACCGCCUCACGCGCCCCCACCACCUCACGCGCCCCACCGCCUCACGCGCCCCCACCACCUCACGCGCCCCACCACCUCACGCGCCCCACCGCCUCACGCGCCUCACCACCUCACGCGCCCCACCACCUCACGCGCCCCACCGCCUCACGCGCCCCACCACCUCACGCGCCCCACCACCUCACGCGCCCCACCGCCUCACGCGCCCCACCACCUCACGCGCCCCACCGCCUCACGCGCCCCACCACCUCACGCGCCCCACCACCUCACGCGCCCCCACCGCCUCACGCGCCCCACCACCUCACGCGCCCCCACCGCCUCACGCGCCCCACCACCUCACGCGCCCCACCACCUCACGCGCCCCACCACCUCACGCGCCCCCACCGCCUCACGCGCCCCACCGCCUCACGCGCCCCACCACCUCACGCGCCCCACCACCUCACGCGCCCCACCACCUCACGCGCCCCACCACCUCACGCGCCUCACCACCUCACGCGCCCCACCACCUCACGCGCCCCCACCGCCUCACGCGCCCCACCACCUCACGCGCCCCACCACCUCACGCGCCCCACCGCCUCACGCGCCCCACCACCUCACGCGCCCCACCGCCUCACGCGCCCCACCACCUCACGCGCCCCACCACCUCACGCGCCCCACCGCCUCACGCGCCCCACCGCCUCACGCGCCCCCACCGCCUCACGCGCCCCCACCACCUCACGCGCCCCACCACCUCACGCGCCCCACCACCUCACGCGCCCCACCACCUCACGCGCCCCACCGCCUCACGCGCCCCACCACCUCACGCGCCCCACCACCUCACGCGCCCCACCGCCUCACGCGCCCCACCACCUCACGCGCCCCACCACCUCACGCGCCCCACCACCUCACGCGCCCCACCACCUCACGCGCCCCACCACCUCACGCGCCCCCACCGCCUCACGCGCCCCACCACCUCACGCGCCCCACCACCUCACGCGCCCCACCGCCUCACGCGCCCCACCACCUCACGCGCCCCACCACCUCACGCGCCCCACCACCUCACGCGCCCCCACCACCUCACGCGCCCCACCACCUCACGCGCCCCACCGCCUCACGCGCCCCACCACCUCACGCGCCCCCACCACCUCACGCGCCCCACCGCCCUCACGCGCCCCACCACCUCACGCGCCCCACCACCUCACGCGCCCCACCACCUCACGCGCCCCACCGCCUCACGCGCCCCCACCGCCUCACGCGCCCCACCACCUCACGCGCCCCCCACCACCUCACGCGCCCCACCACCUCACGCGCCCCCACCACCUCACGCGCCCCACCGCCUCACGCGCCCCACCACCUCACGCGCCCCACCACCUCACGCGCCCCACCACCUCACGCGCCCCACCGCCUCACGCGCCCCACCGCCUCACGCGCCCCCACCACCUCACGCGCCCCCACCACCUCACGCGCCCCACCACCCUCACGCGCCCCACCCACCUCACGCGCCCCCACCGCCUCACGCGCCCCACCACCUCACGCGCCCCACCACCUCACGCGCCCCACCGCCUCACGCGCCCCACCACCUCACGCGCCCCACCACCUCACGCGCCCCACCACCUCACGCGCCCCACCGCCUCACGCGCCCCACCGCCUCACGCGCCCCACCACCUCACGCGCCCCACCACCUCACGCGCCCCACCACCUCACGCGCCCCCACCACCUCACGCGCCCCACCGCCUCACGCGCCCCACCACCUCACGCGCCCCACCACCUCACGCGCCCCACCGCCUCACGCGCCCCACCACCUCACGCGCCCCACCACCUCACGCGCCCCACCACCUCACGCGCCCCACCACCUCACGCGCCCCACCACCUCACGCGCCUCACCACCUCACGCGCCCCACCACCUCACGCGCCCCACCGCCUCACGCGCCCCACCACCUCACGCGCCCCACCACCUCACGCGCCCCACCGCCUCACGCGCCCCACCACCUCACGCGCCCCACCGCCUCACGCGCCCCACCACCUCACGCGCCCCACCACCUCACGCGCCCCACCGCCUCACGCGCCCCACCACCUCACGCGCCCCACCGCCUCACGCGCCCCACCACCUCACGCGCCCCACCACCUCACGCGCCCCACCACCUCACGCGCCCCACCACCUCACGCGCCCCACCACCUCACGCGCCCCACCACCUCACGCGCCUCACCACCUCACGCGCCCCACCACCUCACGCGCCCCACCGCCUCACGCGCCCCACCACCUCACGCGCCCCACCACCUCACGCGCCCCACCACCUCACGCGCCCCCACCACCUCACGCGCCCCACCACCUCACGCGCCCCACCACCUCACGCGCCCCACCGCCUCACGCGCCCCACCACCUCACGCGCCCCACCACCUCACGCGCCCCACCACCUCACGCGCCCCACCACCUCACGCGCCCCACCACCUCACGCGCCUCACCACCUCACGCGCCCCACCACCUCACGCGCCCCACCGCCUCACGCGCCCCACCACCUCACGCGCCCCACCACCUCACGCGCCCCACCGCCUCACGCGCCCCACCACCUCACGCGCCCCACCGCCUCACGCGCCCCACCACCUCACGCGCCCCACCACCUCACGCGCCCCACCGCCUCACGCGCCCCACCACCUCACGCGCCCCACCACCUCACGCGCCCCACCGCCUCACGCGCCCCACCACCUCACGCGCCCCACCACCUCACGCGCCCCACCACCUCACGCGCCCCCACCACCUCACGCGCCCCACCACCUCACGCGCCUCACCACCUCACGCGCCCCCACCACCUCACGCGCCCCACCGCCUCACGCGCCCCACCACCUCACGCGCCCCACCACCUCACGCGCCCCACCGCCUCACGCGCCCCACCACCUCACGCGCCCCACCGCCUCACGCGCCCCACCACCUCACGCGCCCCACCACCUCACGCGCCCCACCGCCUCACGCGCCCCACCACCUCACGCGCCCCACCGCCUCACGCGCCCCACCACCUCACGCGCCCCACCCACGCACCUCACGCGCCCCCACCGCCUCACGCGCCCCACCACCUCACGCGCCCCACCACCUCACGCGCCCCACCACCUCACGCGCCCCACCACCUCACGCGCCCCACCACCUCACGCGCCUCACCACCUCACGCGCCCCACCACCUCACGCGCCCCACCGCCUCACGCGCCCCACCACCUCACGCGCCCCACCACCUCACGCGCCCCACCACCUCACGCGCCCCACCGCCUCACGCGCCCCACCACCUCACGCGCCCCACCACCUCACGCGCCCCACCGCCUCACGCGCCCCACCACCUCACGCGCCCCCACCACCUCACGCGCCCCACCACCUCACGCGCCCCACCACCUCACGCGCCCCACCACCUCACGCGCCUCACCACCUCACGCGCCCCACCACCUCACGCGCCCCACCGCCUCACGCGCCCCACCACCUCACGCGCCCCACCACCUCACGCGCCCCACCGCCUCACGCGCCCCACCACCUCACGCGCCCCACCGCCUCACGCGCCCCACCACCUCACGCGCCCCACCACCUCACGCGCCCCACCGCCUCACGCGCCCCACCACCUCACGCGCCCCACCACCUCACGCGCCCCACCGCCUCACGCGCCCCACCACCUCACGCGCCCCACCACCUCACGCGCCCCACCACCUCACGCGCCCCACCACCUCACGCGCCCCACCACCUCACGCGCCUCACCACCUCACGCGCCCCACCACCUCACGCGCCCCACCGCCUCACGCGCCCCACCACCUCACGCGCCCCACCACCUCACGCGCCCCACCGCCUCACGCGCCCCACCACCUCACGCGCCCCACCGCCUCACGCGCCCCACCACCUCACGCGCCCCACCACCUCACGCGCCCCACCGCCUCACGCGCCCCACCACCUCACGCGCCCCACCGCCUCACGCGCCCCACCACCUCACGCGCCCCACCACCUCACGCGCCCCACCGCCUCACGCGCCCCACCACCUCACGCGCCCCACCACCUCACGCGCCCCACCGCCUCACGCGCCCCACCACCUCACGCGCCCCACCACCUCACGCGCCCCACCACCUCACGCGCCCCACCACCUCACGCGCCCCACCACCUCACGCGCCCCACCACCUCACGCGCCUCACCACCUCACGCGCCCCACCACCUCACGCGCCCCACCGCCUCACGCGCCCCCACCACCUCACGCGCCCCACCACCUCACGCGCCCCACCGCCUCACGCGCCCCACCACCUCACGCGCCCCACCGCCUCACGCGCCCCACCACCUCACGCGCCCCACCACCUCACGCGCCCCCACCGCCUCACGCGCCCCACCGCCUCACGCGCCCCCACCACCUCACGCGCCCCACCACCUCACGCGCCCCACCACCUCACGCGCCCCACCACCUCACGCGCCCCACCGCCUCACGCGCCCCCACCACCUCACGCGCCCCACCACCUCACGCGCCCCACCGCCUCACGCGCCCCACCACCUCACGCGCCCCACCACCUCACGCGCCCCACCACCUCACGCGCCCCACCACCUCACGCACCCCACCACCUCACGCGCCCCACCGCCUCACGCGCCCCACCACCUCACGCGCCCCACCACCUCACGCGCCCCACCACCUCACGCGCCCCACCGCCUCACGCGCCCCACCACCUCACGCGCCCCACCACCUCACGCGCCCCACCACCUCACGCGCCCCCACCACCUCACGCGCCCCACCACCUCACGCGCCCCACCACCUCACGCGCCCCACCACCUCACGCGCCCCACCACCUCACGCGCCUCACCACCUCACGCGCCCCCACCGCCUCACGCGCCCCACCGCCUCACGCGCCCCACCACCUCACGCGCCCCACCACCUCACGCGCCCCACCGCCUCACGCGCCCCACCACCUCACGCGCCCCCACCGCCUCACGCGCCCCACCACCUCACGCGCCCCACCACCUCACGCGCCCCACCGCCUCACGCGCCUCACCACCUCACGCGCCCCACCACCUCACGCGCCCCACCGCCUCACGCGCCCCACCACCUCACGCGCCCCACCACCUCACGCGCCCCACCGCCUCACGCGCCCCACCACCUCACGCGCCCCACCGCCUCACGCGCCCCACCACCUCACGCGCCCCCACCACCUCACGCGCCCCACCGCCUCACGCGCCCCACCACCUCACGCGCCCCACCACCUCACGCGCCCCACCGCCUCACGCGCCCCACCACCUCACGCGCCCCACCACCUCACGCGCCCCACCACCUCACGCGCCCCACCACCUCACGCGCCCCACCACCUCACGCGCCUCACCACCUCACGCGCCCCACCACCUCACGCGCCCCACCGCCUCACGCGCCCCACCACCUCACGCGCCCCACCACCUCACGCGCCCCACCACCUCACGCGCCCCACCGCCUCACGCGCCCCACCACCUCACGCGCCCCACCACCUCACGCGCCCCACCGCCUCACGCGCCCCCCACCACCUCACGCGCCCCACCACCUCACGCGCCCCCACCACCUCACGCGCCCCACCACCUCACGCGCCCCCACCACCUCACGCGCCUCACCACCUCACGCGCCCCACCACCUCACGCGCCCCACCGCCUCACGCGCCCCACCACCUCACGCGCCCCACCACCUCACGCGCCCCCACCGCCUCACGCGCCCCACCACCUCACGCGCCCCACCGCCUCACGCGCCCCACCACCUCACGCGCCCCACCACCUCACGCGCCCCACCGCCUCACGCGCCCCACCACCUCACGCGCCCCACCACCUCACGCGCCCCACCGCCUCACGCGCCCCACCACCUCACGCGCCCCACCACCUCACGCGCCCCACCACCUCACGCGCCCCACCACCUCACGCGCCCCACCACCUCACGCGCCUCACCACCUCACGCGCCCCACCACCUCACGCGCCCCACCGCCUCACGCGCCCCACCACCUCACGCGCCCCACCACCUCACGCGCCCCACCGCCUCACGCGCCCCACCACCUCACGCGCCCCACCGCCUCACGCGCCCCACCACCUCACGCGCCCCACCACCUCACGCGCCCCACCGCCUCACGCGCCCCACCGCCUCACGCGCCCCACCACCUCACGCGCCCCACCACCUCACGCCCCCCACCACCUCACGCGCCCCACCACCUCACGCGCCCCACCACCUCACGCGCCCCACCGCCUCACGCGCCCCACCACCUCACGCGCCCCACCACCUCACGCGCCCCACCGCCUCACGCGCCCCACCACCUCACGCGCCCCACCGCCUCACGCGCCCCACCACCUCACGCGCCCCACCACCUCACGCGCCCCACCGCCUCACGCGCCCCACCACCUCACGCGCCCCACCACCUCACGCGCCCCACCGCCUCACGCGCCCCACCGCCUCACGCGCCCCCACCGCCUCACGCGCCCCACCACCUCACGCGCCCCACCACCUCACGCGCCCCACCGCCUCACGCGCCCCACCACCUCACGCGCCCCACCGCCUCACGCGCCCCACCACCUCACGCGCCCCACCACCUCACGCGCCCCACCACCUCACGCGCCCCACCACCUCACGCGCCCCACCACCUCACGCGCCCCACCACCUCACGCGCCCCACCACCUCACGCGCCCCACCACCUCACGCGCCCCACCACCUCACGCGCCCCCACCGCCUCACGCGCCCCACCGCCUCACGCGCCCCACCGCCUCACGCGCCCCACCACCUCACGCGCCCCACCACCUCACGCGCCCCACCACCUCACGCGCCCCACCACCUCACGCGCCCCACCACCUCACGCGCCCCACCACCUCACGCGCCCCACCACCUCACGCGCCCCACCACCUCACGCGCCCCACCGCCUCACGCGCCCCACCGCCUCACGCGCCCCACCGCCUCACGCGCCCCACCACCUCACGCGCCCCACCACCUCACGCGCCCCACCACCUCACGCGCCCCACCACCUCACGCGCCCCACCGCCUCACGCGCCCCACCACCUCACGCGCCCCACCACCUCACGCGCCCCACCACCUCACGCGCCCCACCGCCUCACGCGCCCCACCACCUCACGCGCCCCACCACCUCACGCGCCCCACCACCUCACGCGCCCCACCACCUCACGCGCCCCACCGCCUCACGCGCCCCCACCGCCUCACGCGCCCCACCACCUCACGCGCCCCACCACCUCACGCGCCCCACCACCUCACGCGCCCCACCACCUCACGCGCCCCACCACCUCACGCGCCCCACCGCCUCACCCGCCCCACCACCUCACGCGCCCCACCACCUCACGCGCCCCACCGCCUCACGCGCCCCACCACCUCACGCGCCCCACCACCUCACGCGCCCCACCGCCUCACGCGCCCCACCACCUCACGCGCCCCACCGCCUCACGCGCCCCACCGCCUCACGCGCCCCACCACCUCACGCGCCCCACCGCCUCACGCGCCCCACCACCUCACGCGCCCCACCACCUCACGCGCCCCACCGCCUCACGCGCCCCACCACCUCACGCGCCCCACCGCCUCACGCGCCCCACCACCUCACGCGCCCCACCACCUCACGCGCCCCACCGCCUCACGCGCCCCACCACCUCACGCGCCCCACCACCUCACGCGCCCCACCACCUCACGCGCCCCACCACCUCACGCGCCCCACCACCUCACGCGCCCCACCACCUCACGCGCCCCCACCGCCUCACGCGCCCCACCGCCUCACGCGCCCCACCGCCUCACGCGCCCCACCACCUCACGCGCCCCACCGCCUCACGCGCCCCACCACCUCACGCGCCCCACCACCUCACGCGCCCCACCACCUCACGCGCCCCACCACCUCACGCGCCCCACCGCCUCACGCGCCUCACCACCUCACGCGCCCCACCACCUCACGCGCCUCACCACCUCACGCGCCCCACCACCUCACGCGCCCCACCACCUCACGCGCCUCACCACCUCACGCGCCCCACCACCUCACGCGCCCCACCACCUCACGCGCCCCACCACCUCACGCGCCCCACCACCUCACGCGCCUCACUGCACCCCUGCUCCUCGUCCUCUCCGUGGUCACCCAUCCCACCUCUCAGCGACUUCCUCACGGUGUCAUACGAGCAGGGAGGGGCGUGUGCGGUGGCGGCCCUGGCAUCACUGUUCCGCCUGGUGACGGAGCACGGGUUGGAGGCGCCGCACUUCUACCCGUGCCUCUACCGCCUCCUCGACUCCUCCGUCUUCCGCGCCGCCCACCGCGCCAAGUUCUUUGAGCUGCUGGACCUGAGUCUAGCAUCACCUCUCCUCCCGGCAUACAUGGCAGCGGCGUUCACGAAGCAGCUGUUCCGCCUCUCGCUGUGUGCGCCCCCCUCGGGCGCCAUAGUGGUGGUGGCACUCGCCCACAACCUGCUGCGCCGCCACCCCGCCAUCACCCCCCUCGUGCACCGCGCUGCCGCCCCUGACACAUUCCAGGACAGCAGCAGUGACGAGGAGGAUGAAGGGGAACAGAAGCAAAGCACGCAGCGAGUGCAGGACGGGCAGGCCCAGCAGGAAGGGGAUACGAAGGAAGGGGAGAAGGCGGGGAAUGGCAAAGGCGAGGAGAGCAAUGCUGAUGGAGAGGAGGGUUCAGCUGGAGAGGAGGGAAGGGGGAGAAAAGACGGGGAAGGGAAAGGAGGAGGGAGUGGAGAGAGCGCGGCAGGAGCAGGGGAGGAGGGAGGCAGAGAGGGGAGGGCGACAGGGAGGGAUCCAUUUGAUGAGGAUGCCACCGACCUCAUGGCUGCCCGCGCCCUUGACAGCAGCCUGUGGGAGGUGGAGGCACUUCAGCGCCACUACUGCCCCGCUGUCUCCCGGUUUGUGGCGUCACUGGAGAAGGACCUAUCGGAGCGCAGCAGCACGGUGGAGCUCAACGUGGCUGACUUCUCUGCCACCUCCUACGGCACCAUCAUGGCCGACGAGUUGGGGCGGCGAGUGAAGGCGGUGCCGCUGGCCUUCUUUGAGCGCACACCAACCACCCUCUUCCCCACCUCCUCAUCCUCACCGUCUGCAUCUGCCAUUCCACAAUUUGGUAGUUUCCCUGGGUGGAAGUUGUUUUAA